AUUAAUGUGUAUGCUGACUCACAAAAGGCCAAAAUGAGUUACUUUGAAGGGUUUUCGCGCAAAGCAUUGGUAGUGAUACCACCUCAUCACGAGCUGAGGAAGAGGAGGGUUGACAGGAUAAGGGAGGGAUGCUGCAUGGAAGUACCUCAAAAUGUCAUUGAUGCAUUCAAAGUUUUGCUCAAAAAUGCUUCAGCUGCUUAUGGCACUGAAUUUUAUGUUGGAGCCAUGAGAAACUACAGAGGAAAUACUGAUGAACUUCUUCUGUAUGUCACAACUCCCUCUGUCUCUUCAGUUUCUUUUUCAAUUAAAACUAACAAUGGAAUUAUUGGUAGCUACAGUGUCAAUAGCAGUGUCCCUGUUGAUAUUAGUUUAUCAACAUCACUUGUGACUAAUGAUGGCCUUUAUUCCAGUCGUUUCAAAGGAGUAUAUAUUUACUCAACCAAUGGAGGAUUAAUCUCUGUACUAGUGGUUAAUGUGCAACAAUACACUUUUGGAGACUAUAUGGCCUACCCAUAUCAGAACUUGGCCCUUUCAGAAUAUCAAUAUUAUGCUGUAUCUACUGGAACACUUGCAACAAGUGAUAAUUCUUUGAGUGAAGUAUUAUUAGUUGGAAAUGAAGAUAACACAACUGUCACUGUCAUUCCUACUCAAACUGUUUCUGUUCCUAUUGAUAUUCAGACAAAUAGUAACAAUAAAACAGUGACUGCGGGCUCAUCGUUCACUUUUACCAUUCACAGAAUGCAGACGUUUCUCAUUGGUGCCCCAUUACUUGACAUCAGUGGAACCAGUAUUGGAUCGAACAAACCUUUGACGGUAAUCAGUGGUCACGAAUGUGGCAACAUUCCACUUGUUUGUUGCUGUCAACAAAUUGCAGAACAAAUACUUCCAACAAUAGUAUGGGGCAAUAAAUUCCUUUUGACUCCUUAUGCAACACGGUCUGUUGGCCCUUACUUUAAAGUUGUGGCAGCUUUAGGAAGCACUUCUUUAAAUCUCACUUGUUCUGCUAGUGGAGGCAAUAACUUCAAUUUACAAAAUGCAGGAGAUGUCACUACUUUAUAUUCUAGUUCCAGUUACUGCUCCAUUAUUUCUAAUAAACCAGUACUGGUGACACAGUUAGGACCAAGUCAAAACUCUGGUAGUGGUAAUGGUGAUCCAGUUAUAUCACUUAUUCCCCCAAUAGAACUGCAUCAGCAGAACAUAACAUUGGUCAUUCCUGGGUUUUCAACAAUUACUAACAAUUAUAUUAACAUUGCCACAACUACAAAAGGUCCAUUGUACAUCAAUGGCCAGUUACGAUCAGUAACUUGGAACAAUAUAUAUAACAGUAUGAGCAGUAUUAUUGGAUAUGGAACACAAAUUCCAUUUAACACAAUCUCCACUUCAUCCUCUUAUACAUUUUCUAUGCAGACAAGUUUUACUGCACUAGUAUAUGGUUUUGAUAACUACCAUGGUUAUUCUUAUAGUGCUGGAAUAAAUCUAACAGGAAAUGAUCCUUGCUUAAGCAAUAAUGGGGGUUGUGACCAACUUUGUAAUAGCACUUUUGGAAGUUAUGCAUGUAGUUGUUAUCCUGGCUUUAGUUUGGAUCUCAAUGGAUAUAAUUGUUCAGAUAUUGAUGAAUGUGCUGACAGUGCUUGUGAACAUAUUUGUGUUAAUACCAUUGGAAGUUAUUCAUGCUUUUGUCAUGAUGGUUACAGUUUAGAUACAAAUAAUAGAAACUGCUCAGGUUUGCUAUGA